AUUGUCAUUGUCGUUCAUAAAGAACGUUCUUGAAUUUUUUUCAAUUUUUUGCAUUUUGAAAUUCAUCAAUCAAUCAAAAUGUCUUCAUUAAAAUACCUGAUGAAUGUUGAAGGAAAAUCUGGUCGUUUCAAUAAUCUUAUCUAUGUUCCUGGUAGAAGAAAAAUCAAUCAAUUUAUAUGGCAAAUUGUUUGUUAUUUUGGUGGUGAUAUACAAAAUUUUCAUGAUAAAAUGAUCAAGCAAAAUAAUGAUCAGGAAUUUUUACAAUAUUCAUUGGAAAAUGUUGCCACAAAAUUAUCGCAAAGAUUCAAUGAUGAACAUGAUAUUCUGGUUGUUCAACCAUCACAAACUAUUAAUUCAUUUUCAUUAUAUAAGAAUUUUGUUAAUUCCACCAAACCUUAUGGAACGCCAUCAUUUGAUGAUAAUGAUCGCUGUUGUUUUGAUCAUUUUCUACAAUUAUUAAUGAAUGUCGCUAGCGAACAAAUCAAAUUAAACGUCGACACCAUAGAAGUUUGUUUGAUUGGUUUUAGUAAAGGACAAAUUGUUAUCAAUCAAAUGGCAAGAUCGAUACAUUCGAUUUCAACCGAACAAUCAAUCAAAUUGAAAUUCAACAAUCUUUAUCUAUUAGAUGGUGGUCAUAAUGGUGUAAAAGAUUUUUGGAUUACUCAACCGGAAUUAAUCGAUUCGUUUAUCCGUCAUGGUUGCCGAAAUUUUCAUCUAGGUGUAACCGACUUUCAACUAAACAAACCACAAAAUAUUCGUCAAGAAUUCGAAACAUUUUAUCAAAUUCUUUGUUCCAAACCCGGUGUAAAUGUUAAAAAAACCUAUCUUGCACAGAAUAAUUUCCCAGAUUUAUCACCAAUCAAUUUACAUUUCAAACUUUUAGAUUAUUUAUUUCAGAAUUUAUUGUAAACAAAAAGUGAACGAAGAAACCAAAAACAAAAAGCUAAAUAAACAUUAUCAACACAAAAUAUGGCAAUGGAGAAGUUUUUUGGCAAUC